AUGGUGAUUCAAUCUAUAAGUCAAGAAUCUACCAAAGUGUUGUCUGAAAUAGCAACCUGCAAGAAUAUUUUGGAUUUUCUGGAUAUAAAUGAUGGCAUUAUUUCUCUCAAAUAUCCUGAUUUUGUGUUAACCAAUAGCCAUUUUCUACAAAUUUGCAAAGACAAAAAUAAAUAUAACAUAACAUUAGAAAAUCUUUCAUUAUUUUUUACAACCUACUGUAAGUAUAAUAUCUCUAGAGUGAUGCUUAUAAGGAUCUUAAAAAAGUUAAAAGGUUACAUUGUAAAAUUAAAUCGAGCCAAAAAUUUGGACUUUAAAAAACAUUUUUUAAGCUCUGCUUUAUCUUUUAAUGGUGCUUUUUCUGAUGUUGUUGGUUUGUUACCUUCUGAUGCUUGUUCUACCCCUACUUCUAUCUACAAUAGUGAAAUUGUUCCAAAUCAAGUUACUGUUUUUGUAUCUUCUGAAUUAAAUUUGCAAAUUACUAAUGAUGAAUUGUCGUGUCCUGUUACCCCAACUUCUAUUAUAUACAUCCCUUUAGAAAAAAGGUCUAAAAAAUUUUUUACUGAAACGUGUUUUAGUGAAGAGAAUCUUCCAGUUUCCAAUUUAGAUAAAAAACUAUCUUUAUUUUCUGGUGAUUUGACCUAUCAAAUAAAAAAAUACAAACGGAGAAUUAAUCACCUUAAAUUGCAAAAUAGACAAGUUAAUAGAAGAUGUUAA